ACAGCGGCCCUGGGCCUGGGCAGCACCGAGGGUCCUCGGGGGUGGGACCCCGCGGAGCGCGCGUCGGGCACAGCAGAUCGCGGAGCUCGGAUCCCAGACUCGGCUUGGGGUCCUUUUGCGGAGUGGUAUUACCCGGGCGCAGGAAGGAGAGCGCGGGGCUGCGCAUGGCCGCUGGCCGGGGGACUAUUGGGGGUUCCCUUCCCCACUUCCGCGAAGCCUUCCUGGAUGUGAAGAUGUCGCGAUCCGGCAAAGCUUUCUCUAGGAGGCAGCUCCUCUGAGCGCAACUUAGGCUCUUCACUGUCUUUUAAAAUUUGUUAUUUUUUUUUGGGGGGGGGGUGUCAAGACAAAGCCAUAGGGUUUACCUCCUAGGAGAUUUAAAUCCCUUCUUGAAAGUUAAACUCAUUAGCAGAAAAGUCUCUUGACUCACGCAGUGAACCAGCUCUUUAGCCAGUAGAUUUUGGAAGGUGCGUUCCGAAAUGAUGGGCUUGUUGCCUGCUCCAAGCCUGGGCAUUGGUGGGGCAGAGGAAGAGGGUAAAAAGGAGGCCAUCUUGGCAGGGACACAGCUGGUUGGGGGCGAAGAGGAGAGUAAGCUCCUUUGGUUGAAAUCAAAGGUUUGUUUAGAGGAGUUCAGGAACCUGGAGCAUGGUUGUGUUUGGAGGACGUUGAGUGACAGGGUUGGGACUUCGUGGUUAGUUUUAGUGCUUUUCGAGUAAGCGGUGGUCAGGAGCAGUGUAUCUGGAAAAAUCAUCUGACAGUGAUGUGUAGAAUGGAUUGGAGGGGGUCUGGACCAGAAUGAGAGAUACAGUUUAACUCAGGGAUUGCCAAAAGGUGACCUACACAUGUUUUAUUUGGCCCACGUUGCUGUAAACAUUAGAAGAUUUCCUCUACCCGUCUGAAUCUCUUGCUUAUCUUGGGUAAUGGGAAAAUCAGCCAUCACUCCCCACUUGAUUGAUGAUUGCCUGGAGCCUUGCACCAGGCCCGCAGCACCUGCUAUGGAGCCUGUAGUUUUCGAUUACUAGAGGAAAGAGGCAUUAGCCCUUAGGAGGGAGGAAAGCACAAGACAGGCUGUCUGUCAGUGGAACAGUUACGCUCAGAGGAAUGUUGACAGGAGUAGGGAAAUGUGUGGGUGCACUGGCAGGGGCUUGUUUGAGGUUAAAGAUAAUGGGGUUGUAACAAUUUAGUUGUUGCUGUUAACAGUGGGCCAUCUAAGGAGACCUGCGCAUAUUGAUUCUUAGAAUUAUAGAGGAUUUUGGACCGGGGAUGAGGAUUUAGGAGUCACCUGCAGACACUAGAUUGGUCUGUGUAGCUCAGUUUAAGAUUUUGGGUGAGAGAUCAUACUUAAUGUUAACGGAACUUUGUGGGCCUAAACCCAUUGCUGUUGAUAGCAACACUAUAGGACAGAGAACUGCCCCAUAGGGUUUCCAAGGAACGGCUGGUGGAUUCGAACUGCCAAGCUUUUGGUUAGCAGCUGAAUGCUUAACCACAGUGCCACCAGGGCUUCUUGUGGGCCUAAAACAAAAAAAAAACCAAACCCAGUGCCGUUGAGUUGAUUCCGACUCAUAGCGACCCUAUAGGACAGAGUAGAAUCGCCCCCUAGAGUUUCCAAGGAGCGCCUGGUGGAUUCAAACUGCCGACCCGUUGGCUAGCAGCCGUAGCACUUAACCGCUAGGCCACCAGGGUUUCCCUCUUGUGGGCCUAGAGGGUGUGAGACCUCCCCCCCCUCAAAAAAAAAAUCCAGACCUGUUGCUGUGCUGUCCAUUCCGACUCAUGGCAACCCCAUGUGUUAAAGAGCAGAACUGUUCCAUAGGGUUUCCUUGGCUGAAGUCUUUAAGGAAGCAGAUGUAGUUAAACACAGACUGUGCCACCCAGGGACAUAAAAACUACACUUACUAAUGGUUAAAAAAGAAAACCAUGGGGGGUACUCCUUGGAUCCUUCUACAGAUAUAAACUGCCAGUUAAUUAUUAAAUACUUUAUCACCCCAUGUUUUAGGUACAGAAGAUUUGAGGAGCUCUGCUUGUUACAACUGCACUUACCCCACUUACACAAUGCAGAAUGCCUGGGGCCGUGAGGUUCAUUAGUUCAAUGUGGUUUCCUGAAACACAGCAGCUACUGCGUUUUAUUAAAACCCUAAUGUAGUCCAUUAGCCCAAAACAAGGCAGUCACCCUGCCUACCCAUCACUCAGCAUUUCUAAAUUAUCAUGGAUAAAUUUUAAUAAGGACACAUUUUAAGAACUGUGAAGUGGAGUAUUCACCUUUGACAUGUAUAGAGAAGACUUUUUCAAAAUCCUGAUUUAUUCUGUUUUGUAGUUUGGAGAAAAACUUACUUCCAUGAUUCUGGCUUGUAGUAGGAUCCAAAGAAAUUAGCAAUAAUAAAACAAGGCUGUCUUCUCAGGGAAGUGAAUUGUGGAAUGGGACUGACUUUUUUAUUUCAGAGCGAAGGAAUUCAGAGGACAAUUUCAGGUCAGUUCUUUAAAAGAACUGGAACAAAUUAGAAAGAUUCAUUAAAAUGUUACAGUUGCUUAACUGCCGUGGCUAACUUGUCUGGUAAAUAAAGCAGACAAUUAUUAGUUUCAAAAUAAUCCACAGAAUGUUUAUUAUAAAAGUCCAAGUAUUUUAUUAUAUUUAGCAUCUUAGAAUGGAAUUUUCAAAGCCAAUUGCUAAUAAAGGAAAUGUUGUCCUCUGGGAACAGUGCUUAUAAUUUUAGAGUCCCAAAGCAGCAUAGUUGCCAAACUAAGAAAUUUGAAAUUUAAGCAUUGGGAAUGGUUCCGCCCAACCAUGUUUUUCUGAUGGAGAUUAGGAAGGAAAAGGCUGAGGCUGGGGCCUAGAGGUUGGCAUCUUAAACCCUACUGUUGGGUUUCUCUUUCAGGAGACUUUGUUUUGGAGGUGAGAGUGAAGGUUCCAGGGUUUUCUGCUUUACUUAGGUGCCGAAGUGCUAUUUAAAUUAGAGCGUUACAUGUUUCAGACAUCCUUUCUAGAUAGAAGAAACAGAAUAAAGAGGAAGCAGUGACAUCUUUUAGAAAGGUGAGUUUACAUUUUAACUGAAGAGUGGUUAAGAACAGGGGCUUUAAAAGUCAGCUAGAUCCAUCUUUAACCUGGGCCUUGCCACUUAAUCACCUCUGAGCAAAUCGCUAGUACUUGUAUAAGCCUCAGUUUGCCCAUCCCUAAAAUGAUGGAGAGAAAACAGCAUCUGCUUCGUAGAAUAUUUGUGUGAAUUCAAUGAGUAUGUUUAUUAUGGGCUUUGCACAUUGUAAUGAUUCAAAUGUAAGAUUCUGGCAUUACAGAUUAAAAUGUAUUUUUAUGUGAAAAAAAUUUUGAUGUUCACCUUUCACUCUUUUUUUUUAAAUCAGAAAAAUAUUGUGUUUUUGUGAAAGUUUACCUAGCAAAUUAGGUUCUCAUUUAACAAUUUCUAUACAUACUGUUUGGUGCCAUUGGGUAUGUUUUCCAUAAUAUAUCAGCUUUCUCAUUAUUUCCAUUCUGGUUGUUCUGUUUCCCUUAAUCUAGCUUCAGUGUCCCCUCUUACCUUCUCAUCUUUGGUCUAGGGGAAAUGUUUACUGUUUGGUGUCAUAUGGAUGAUUAGAGGAGCACAGUACUCACAGGUGAUUUUAUUUAUGAGUCCAUUUGUCCUUUGGCUGAAAGGUGACCUCUGGGAGUGGUUUGAGUUCCAAGUUCAAAGAGUAUUUUGGGACAAUAGUCUCGGAGUUUCUCUAGCCUCUGCCAGUCCAGUAAGACUGGCCUUUUUUAGGAACUUGAGUUUUUUUUUUUUAAUUGUAUUUUAGAUGAAGGUUUACAGAGGAAACUAGUUUCUCAUUUAACAGUUAAUACAUAUAUUGUUUUGUGACAUUGGUUCCCAACCUCAUGACAUGUCAACACUCUCCCUUUCUUGACCUUGGGUCCCCCCAUUGUCAGCUUUCCUGCCCCCUCCUGCCUUCUCAUCUUUGCCCCUGAACUGGUGUGCCUGUUUAGUCUUGCUUUGUUUUAUGGGCCUGUCUUAACUUUGGCUGAAGGGUGAAACUGAGGAGUGACUUCAUUACUGAACCAAAAUGGUGUCCAGGGGCCAUACUCUCGGGGUUUCUCCAGCUUCUGUCAGACCAGUAAGUCUGGUCAUUUGUGUGUGUGUGUGUGUGUGUAUGUCAGUUAGAAUUUUGUUCUGCAUUUUUCUCUGUCUCUGUCUGGGACCCUCUAUUGUGAUCCCUGUCAGAGCAGUUGGUGGUAGUAGCCAGGCACCAUCUAGUUGUGCUGGACUCAGUCUGGUGGAGGCUGUGGUAGUUGUGGUCCAUUAGUCCUUUGGACUAAUCUUCCCAUUGUGUCUUUGGUUUUCUUCAUUCUCCUUUGCUCCCGACAGGGUGAGACCAGUAGAGUAUAUUAUAUGGUCGUUCCCAAGUUUUUACAAUCCCAGAUGCCACUCACCAAAGUAGAAUGUAGAACAUUUUCUUUAUAAACUGUGUUAAGUCUAUUGAGCUAGACAUUUCCUGAUACUGUGGUUCCCAGAGCCCUCAGCUCAGUAAUUUGGUCCCUCAGGGAGUUUGGAUUAGGAAUUUGAGUUUUGUUCUACAUUUUUCUCCCAUUCCAUCCAGGCCCAUCUGUUGAGUCCCUGGUCGGAAUGGUUGGUAGUAGUACCUGGGCACCAUCUAGUUCUUUUGGUCUCAAGGUAGGUAAGGCUGUGACUCAUAUGAGCUAUUAGUUCUGUGGGCUAGUUUCUUCUCUGAGUCUUUGGUUUCUCUCAUUCUCUUUUGCUCUGGAGGAGUGGAGACACAAGCUUUUAAGACCCUAGAUGCUGCUCACCAACCUAGGAUAUAGUACAUUAUCUUUAUGAAGUAUGUUAUGCUGGUUGACCGAAUUGCCCCAUGGGACUAUGGUCCCAAGAUUUCAAAUCCAGUAAUCCAGUCCUGUGAGGUGUUUGCUUAUGUCUAGGAAGUAUCUGUAAUUGUGCUCCCUGUGUGGUUUAUUGGAAACCCUGGUGGCGUAGUGGUUAAAUGCUACAGCUGCUAACCAAAGGGUUGGCAGUUCAAAUCCACCAGGUGCUCUUUGGAAACUCUAUGGGGCAGUUCUACUCUGUCUUAUAGGGUCGCUAUGAGUUGGAAUCGACUCGACGGCUCUGGGUUUGGUUUGGUAUUUAUGGGAUUUAUUACAUAUAUAAAUAUAUACAAAGCACACAUAAACAUGUAUAUACAUGUGCCUGUAGAUACAGCGGAAACCCUGGUGUCCUAGUGGUUGAGUGCUAUGGCUGCUAACCAAAGGGUCGGCAGUUCUAAUCCGCUAGGUGCUCCUUGGAAACUCUAUGGGGCAGUUCUGUUCUGUCCUAUAGGGUUGCUAUGAGUCGGAGUCGACUCAAUGGCACUGGGUUUGGGUAUAGAUACACCUGUACAUGCACACCCAUAUACUCAUAUGUGCCUUCCCAUGUACAUAUAUGCAUACAUACCUACCUGUGUAACCCCACAGAUAUUCAUGUCACAUGCUUUGUACGUGUUAUCAGUGGGGACCAGUCCCUGGAGAAGGACAUCAUGCUUGGUAAAGUAGAGGGUUAGUGAAAAAGAGGAAGUCUCUCAACAAGAUGGAUUGACAUGGUGGCAGCAACAGUGGGCCCAGCAGUGGGCCCAAACAUAGCAAUGAUUAUGAAGAUGGUGCCGGACCAGGUAGGGUUUUGUUCUGUCGUACAUAGGGUCACUAUGAGUCAGCACUGACUCGACAGCACUUAACAACAGCAACAGUUGUCGUGGUAAAAUUGUACAGCAUUUACAAAAUUGUCCCUCAUUCUUGCGUACUUUUUAGUGUCUUAAUUUACAUUGGACAGUUUGUGCGGGCUUCACCCAUAUUGCGUAUUGCCUUUCCCAUCACCCAAAAUAACAAGUGUCUACUGUGUUUUUUUUUUUUGUGUGUGUAGAAAGUGAUUCCCCCUACCACCCCCUCCCAUCCCUGGUAACCAUCAAAGAACAUUGCUGUGUGUAUGUGUAUUCUUGACUUUUUAUAAAAGUGAGACCGUACAAUAUUUGUCCUUUUGUGAUUGACUUAUUUCACUCAGUGUAAUGUUCUCCAGAUUUUUCUGUGUAAUAGAUGUUUUACAGACUCCUUAUUAUCCUUUAUAGUUGCGUAGUAUUCCAUUGUACAUAUGUACCACAGCCUGUUUAUCCAUUCAUCCGUUGAUGGGCACUUAGGUUGUUUCCAUCUUUUUGCUGUUGUGAAUAAUGCUACAGUGAAGAUAGGUGUGCAUGUGUGUAUUCAUGUUACUGCUCUUAUAUCUGCAGGAUACAUACCUAGGAGUGGGAUUGCUGGAUCAUAUGGCAUUUCUAUUUCUAGCUUUUUGAGGAAACGCCAUACUGUUUCCAUAGUGGUUGUACCAUCUUACAGUCCCACCAGCAACGUAUAAGAGUUUUAAAGCCCCCACAACCUCGCCAGCCUUUGUCGUUUUGUUUUUUUUUAAUCAUUGCCGCUUUUGCAGGUGUGAGAUGGUAUGUCAUUGUAGUUUCGAUUUGCAUCUCUCUAAUGGCUAAUGAUGGAGAGCAUCUUUUCAUGUAUUUAUUUGGAAGACUGAGUGUCCUCUUUGAUGAAGUGCCUAUUUAUGUCCUUUGCCCAUUUUUUGAUUUGAUUGCUUGUCUUUUUGUGUUGAGUAGUUGAAGUUUUCUGUAUAUUUUAGAGAUUAGGCCCUUAUCAGAUAAUGUCCUUGCCAAAGAUUUUGUCCCAGUUGUUAAGUUCUGUUUUUGCUUUCUUGGUAAUGUCUUGUGAUAAGCAUACAUAUUUAAUUUUUAAUUUAUCUUCUGUUGCUUGUGCAUUUUUAGUUUUGUUUGAAAGACUAUGCUGAAAAUUAGGUCGCCCAGUUUUGAUCCUGUGUUAUCUUCCAGGAAUUUUAUAGUUUUAGCUUUUAACGUUUAGGUCUUUGGUCCAUUCUGAGUUAGUUUCGUGCAUAGUGUGAGGUGUGGGUCCUGUUUCAUUUUUCUGCAUGUGGGUAUGCAGUUUUGCCAGCACCAUUUGUUAAAGAGACUUGUUUCUUCCCUCGUUGAAUGGACUCUGAUCCUUUGUCGAAGAUCAGCUGCCCAUAGAUGGAUGGAUUUACUUCUGGGUUCUCAAUUCCAUUCCAUUGGUCUGUGUGUCUGUCAUUGAACCAGUACCAGGUUAUUUUGAUUACCGUAGCUUUAUAGUAAGUUUUGAGAUCGGGAUGGUCUUCUCCUUCAAUAUUGCUUUAGCUAUUUGGGGCUCCCUUCCUUUCCAUAUAAAACUGGGGGUUAGUUUUUCUAUUUCAUUAAAGACUGUUGUUGGGAUUUGGUAGUAUCGACGUUUUCACAGUGUUAGGACUUCCAGUCCAUGAGCAUGGAAUGUUUUUUCAUUUUUGUAGAUCUCUUAGUUUCUUGCAGUAGUGUUUUAUAGUUGUCCUUAUAUAAAUCUUUUAUGUUCCUGUUUAGGUUUAUUCCUAGGUUUUUUUUCCUUUCGAGGGCUAUUGUAAAUGGUAUUGAUUUCUUGAUUUCCUUUUCAGAAUCCUCCUUGUUAGUGUAGAGAAACCCAACUGAUUUUCGUGUGUUGAUCUUGUACCGUGCCACUUUGCUGAAUCCUUCUAUUAGUUCCAGUAACUUUCUGGUGGAGUCUCUGGGAUUUUCUAUGAAUAGGAAGGAUGAUGUCACCUGCGAAUAAGGAUAGUUUUAUUUCUUUCCAGUUUGGAUGCCUCUUAUUCCCCUUUCUUGCCUUAUUGCUCUGGCUAGGACUUCUAGUAUGAUAUUGAGUAAUAGUGGUGAUAAAGGACAUCCUUGUCUUGUUCCCAUUCUUAAGGAGGAUGCUCUCAGUCUCUCCACUGAGAAUAAUGUUGCCUGUUGGUUAUAUAUAUACAUAUACCCUUACUUAUGUUGAGGAGUUUCCCUUCUCUUUCUACUUGGCUGAGAGUUUUUAUUAGGAAGCGGUUCUGAAUUUUAUCCAGUGCCUUGUCUGUGUCAAUUGAAGUGAUCAUGUGAUUUUUUUUCCCUUCGUUUCAUUUAUGUGGUGAAUUACAGUGAUUGAUUUUCUGAACCAUCCUUGCAUCCUGGGAAUAAAUCUCACUUGAUCGUGUUGUAUUAUUUUUUUGACAUGCUGUUGAAUUCUGUUUGCUGGAGUUUUGUUGAGAAUUUUUGCAUUUAUAUUCAUGAGGGAUAUUGGUCUGUAAUUUUCUUCUUUAGCAGUGUCUUUGCUCAACUUUGGUAUCAAGAUUAUGCUGGCUUCAUAGAAUGAAUUAGGGGUGUUCCUUCCUUUUCUAUGUUCUGGAAUAGUUUGAGUAGAAUUGAUGUCAUCUCUUCCCCCUGAAUGUUUGGUAGAUCUCUCCUGUGAAGCCAUCUGGGCAUGGGCUUUUUUUUUUUUUUAAAAAAAAACAGUUCAAUUUCUUCUUUGGUUAUUGUUCUGUUCAAAUUUUCUACCUGUAUUUGUAUUAGUUUAGGUAGGUAGUGUGCUUUCUAGAAAUUUGUCCAUUUCUUCUAGGUUUUCAAAUUUGCAGGGUACAAUUUUUCAUAAUACUGUAAUUAUGAUCCUUUUUAUCUCAGUUGGUUUUGUUGUAAUGUCACCCAUCUCAUCUUAUUUUGAUUAUUUGCAUCUUAUUUUUUUCCUUUGUCAAUUUGGCCAGUGGUUUGUCAGUUUUUUUUUUUUAAUUGUGCUUUAGGUGAAAGCUUAUAUAGCAAAUUAGUUUCCAUUUGAUAGUUUGUAUAUAAAGUGUUUCAUGACCUUAGUUUCGUUCCCCACUAUGUGUCUGCACUCUUGCUAUUCUCCAUUUUCUUUUGUCCUGGUUUUCUACCCCAUCCUGCCUUCUCAUCUUUGCUUUUGGGUAGAUAAUGCUGUUUUGAUCUUGUGUAAUUGAUUGUUCCAAGGAGUACGACCGUCUUGGGUGUUAUUGUUUAUCUUAUGUACUUGUGUAUUUUUUAGCUGAGAGGUUGUCUCCGGGAAUGGGUUCAUUUCCAGGUCAGAAGGAUGUCUUAGGGCCAUAGUCUUGGGGGUUCCUACUGUCUCUGUCAGACCAGCAAGUUUGGUCUUUUUUGAGAAUUUGCUUUUUUUUUUUUUCCUACAAUUUUCUCCCACUCUGUCCAGGACCCUCUAGUGUGGUCUUAGUCAGAGCAGUUGGUAGUGGUAGCCGGGCACCAUCUAGUACUUCUGGUCUCAGGGUUGUGUAGGCUGUGGUUCAUGUGGUCCAUUAGUCCUUUGGACUAAUUGCUCCUUUGAGCCUUUGAUCUCCUUCACUCUCUCUUGCUCUGGAUGGAAAGAGACCAAUAGUUGUAUCAUGGACGGCUGCUUGCAAACUUUUAAGACCCCAGAUGCUACCAAAGUAGGAUACAGAGCGUUGUCUUUAUGUACUAUGUUGUGCCAAUUGACAUAGAUGUCACCUGAGUCUGUGGUCUUUUGUCUUCUAGCCUAGGAACUUCAUCCCGCAAGGUAUUUGGUUAUGUCUAAGAGUUUCCCUGACUAUACCCCUUGUGUGCUUUAUAUGAGCUGCACCUACAGUCCUGUAUGUAGAAAUAUCCACCACCAAAUGUAUAUUUGCCAGUGAGCAUAUUCCCUUAUAUCCUCACGUACCUGUUGGUGUAUCUAGCUAUUUGUCUAUUCAUAAAUUAUUGUUUAAUAUUAUUGCUGCAGGAUUGUCUGUGUUAUAGUAGUUACCUUAAAAUUACUCUUUAUUCUUACAUUCCUCUCAGCAUCCUCUCUUGCCUAUAUAAUGUAUUGCCUUUCCUCUCACUAGUAUUAACUUGUGUGUGUUCUGUCUAAUUGGUGAUUCUUCCUCCCUCCCCCAGUAACCAUCAAAGAAUCUUUUUUCUUUUCCUGUGUGUAAACCGUAUUUAUUUUUUAUUGUGCUUUAAGUGAAAGUUUACAAAUCAAGUCAGUCUCUCAUACGAAAACUUAAACACACCUUGCUAUGUACUCGUGGCUGCCCUCCUCCUAAUGAGACAGCACACUCCUCCUCUCCAGCCUGUAUUGCCUGUGUCCAUUCAACCAGUUCCUAUCCUCCUCUGCAUUCUUAUCCCACCUCCAAACAGGAGUUGCCUACAUAGUCUCAUGUGUCUACUUGAGCCAAGAAGCUCGCUCCUCACCAGUAUCAUUUUCUGUCUUAUAGUCCAGUCCAAUCCCUGUCUGAAGGGUUGGCUUUGGAAAUGGUUCCAGUCUUGGGCUAACAAAGGGUCCAGGGACCAUGACCUCCGGAGUCCCUCUAGUCUCAGUCAGACUAUUAAGCCUGGUCUUUUUAUGAGAAUUUGAGGUCUGCAUCCCACUGUUCUCCAGCUCCAUUAGGGGUUCUCUGCCUGUGUAUAAACCUUUUGUUGUUACUUUAUAGUAGUGGUCUCAUACAAUAUUUGUCCUUUUGUGACUGACUUAUUUCAGUCAGCAUAGUAUCCUCCAAAAUCAUGUUGUGAGGUGUUCUAGGAUUUGUCAUUAUUUUUUAUCGUUGUGUAGUAUCCCAUUGUGUGUAUUUACCACAGUUUGUUAAUCUGUUCAUCUGUUGAUGGGCAUUUAGGUUGUUUCCAUCUCUCUUAGUUAUCUAGUGCUGCUGUAACAGAAAUACCACGAGUGGAUGGCUUCAGCAAACAGAAGUUUAUUUUCUUACAGUAGUAGGCUGGAAGUCUGAAUUCAGGGUGCCAGCUCCAGGAAAAGGUUCUCUCUCUCUGUCAGCUCUGGAGGAAGUUCCUUGUCAUCAAUUUUCCUCUGGUUUAGGAGUUUCUUGGCACAGAAACCUGGGGUCUAAAGGAUGUGGUGUGCUCCUGGUGCUGCUUUCUUGGUUGUAUGAGGUCCCCUUGUCUCUCUGCUCCCUUCUCUCUUUUAUAUCUCAAAAGAGAUUAGUUUAAGACACAGUCUAAUUUUAUAGAUUGAGUCCUGCCUUCUUAACAUAACUACCACUAAUCCUAUCUCACUAACAUCAUAGACAUAGGAUUUACAACACAUGGGAAAAUCACAUCAUAUGACAAAAUGAUGGACAGCCACACAAUACUGGGAAUCACGCCCUAGCCAAAUUGAUACACAUAUUUUUGGGAUACACAAUUCAAUCCAUGACACCAUCUUUUUGCUAUUGUGAGUAACACUACAAUGAGCAUGGGCGUGCGUAUGUCUAUUGGUAUCAUGGGUCUUACUUCUUUAGGGUAUAUACCAAGGAGUGGAAUUGUUGGAUCAUAUGAUAUUUCUAUUUCUAGCUUUUUGAGGAAGCACCAUACCGUUUUCCAAAGUGGUUGUACCAACAGUAUAAGAGUUCCAGUCUCCCCACAACCUUAUCAACAUUUGUUGUUUUCUGGUUAGUGCCAGUAGUGUCAGGGUGAGAUGGUAUCUCACUGUAGUUUUGAUUUGCAUGUCUCUAGUAGCUAAUGAUUGCAAGCAUUUUUUCAAAUGUAUGUUAGCUACCUGAAUAUCUUUGGUGAAGCGUCUGUUUGUAUCCGUUGCCUGUUACUUAGUUGGAUUGUUUCUUUUUAUUGUGGAGGUGUUGAAGUUUUAUAUAAAUUUUAGAGAUAGUCGGAUAUUGUCAUAGCCAAUUUUUUUUUGUAGCCAAUUUUUUUCCCCCAGUCUGCAGUUUCUCUUUUGACUCUUUUGGAGAAGUCUUUUGUUGAGCAUAAGUUUUUAAUUUUUAGGAGGCCCAUUUAUCUAGUUCAUCUUGUGCUGCGUGUGCAUUUUUAGUCGUGUUUCGUAUACUAUGUCGUAUAUUAGGGCCCCCAGCAUUGUCCCUGUUUUUUCCUCCAUGAUCUUGAUAGUGUUAGGUUUUAUAUUUAGGUCUUUGAUCCAGUUUGAGUUAGUAUUCGUUUACGGUGUGAGGUAAGGGUCCUGGUUUUUUUUUUUACAGGGGGACAUCCAGUUUUGCCCGCAGGGCUUAUUGAAGAGACUGUCUCUUGCCCCAUUUAAUGGUCUUUGGCCCUUUGUUGAUCCAGCCCACAAAAACCCAGUGCUGUCAGCUAACCAUAAAAAAGCCCACAAAAACAAACCUGGUGCCUUCGAGUUGAUUCUGACUCAGCAACCCUAUAGGGCAGAGUAGAACUGACCCAUAGAGUUUCCAAGGAGUGCUUGGUUGAUUUGAACUGCCAACCUUUUGGUUAGCAAACGUAGCUCUUAACCACAACACCACCAGGGUUUCCAGUUGACCAUAGGUGGAUGGAUUUAUGUCUGGGUUCUCAAUUCUGUUUCACUGGUCUGUGUGUCUGUUGUACUAGUACCAGGCUGUUGUGACUACUGUGGCUGUAUAGUAUGUUCUGGGAGCAGAUGUUGUGAGGCUGCAUGGGGAUGGCCUGGGGUAGGCAUAAGCCUCUGGUUGCAGGUCUGACAGUGCAGGAGUGUGUACUGCGGAUCAUGGGUGUGGGGGUGGAAGGGCUCACCCCUGGUCACUGGGUGGGUGGGGGGAGGAGGGAAUGUGCUUCCCUAGUCUCUGCUGUGGUGCUGUUGCACUCCCUGCAGAGUGCAGCCAACGAUCAGAACCUGACCUUGACCAAAUGCUAGGAGUGGGGGGCUGUAUAGAGUCUCGUUGAGUGGGGGAUCUGUAGCCACCACUCCAAGGAUCCUCCACUCUGCCUGCGCCACCCACCCAAAUCAUCAGGGACUGCUGCUGGUGAGUAAUUCUGUCCCUGUUUUCUGGCUCCCUCCCUGCUUUUGGUCCCUGGGAUCCCUAGGGCUCUUGCCUGCCUUCCUGCACUUUUCCUCCUCAGAUCCAGUACAUGUUCUCACCUUGCUUUGCUCCGGUUUGUUUACAGAGUAUCUCUGUCUCCUGUUGGGGAUUCCAGAGGGGAAGUUGCCUUCCUGUGGUCCUUGCCUGAGAAAGCUGCUUGCUUUCUUUCAAGAUGGCCGCGCUGAGCUGAGUCAGCUGGUAGGGUGCUUAACAGUUGCUAAGUCUCCUUGUUUACAGUUUUCAUUCAGUUUCUCCAUUCUUCGGUGUUCAAUCUAGUCCUUCAUCUUUCCGUUUGCUGUUCUGGGUACCCAAAUUGUCAACUGUAUCUGUUUUACUUGGUUUCUCAGUUCUUUGCUGCAGGGGGAUGACAAGAUAUGUGUGAUUAAGCUGCCAUUUUGGGCUGUCAUAAUUUAAAGAGUUACCUUUUAAAUAUCUUGUAAAGAGUUAUUUAAUCUCAAUGGAGCUUAAACCCGUUGCCACCUAGUGGAUUCUGACUCAUAGUGACUCUAUAGGACAGAGUAGAACUGCCCCAUAGUGUUUUCAGGGAACGCCUGGUAGAUUCGAACUGCUGACCUUUUGGUUAGCAGCUGUAGCUCUUAACGAUUACACCACCAGGGUUUCCCACUGGAGCUUAGAGGUGGCUAUUUGAUAGAAGAGGAUACCCAGAGAGUUUAAGUUAUUUGCUGAAGGUCACACAACUGGUUAGUUGCAGAAUGGUUAAUAGUAUGAAGGCCUUCUAAUUUCUGUGUUUUGCUCAUUAUGUUACACAAUGCUGUGUUCAAGGGUACAGAAUUAAAGACUUUAAUAACUUUACAUUGAUUAAUUUCAGUAGAAAAAAUGACCAAAUAUCACUCUUAGUUGUCUAGGGCUGCUGUAACAGAAAUAUCAUAAGUGAGUGGCUUGCUUUAACAAACAGACAUUUAUUUUCUCACAGUUUAAGAGACUAGAAGUCUGAAUUCAGGGUGCUGGCUCUGGGGAAGGCUUUCUGUCUCGUUCAGCUCUGACUGUGGUUUAGUUUGAAGCCCAUCUCUGAGAGAGUGGCUGCUCAGACAUCCUUGAAAGGAACUCUCAGCUUGGUGCUGGGAGACCAGAAGUCUCCUUCCUCCCAACAGCAUUUCAGGCUGCUCUGAAUAAAUGCCUUCCAGCUGGCGAUUCUGAGUAUUGGAACCGUUUGUUCUGGCAAUAAUCAUUUGGUAUUCAGCACUCCUUCUCCUUAGAACACUCAGUGAGUGAGUCCGUGGUCUGCUGUGUACAGGCCCCGCAGCUCAGAGGGAGUGCCGGGUGUCUGUGCUCAACAGGGGAACGUUUAGGAUUUUAUGAUACCAAUUUUGGCAUCAAAUAAUCCGUUCUUUCUUCACUGAUUUGAAGAAACAGAGUUUUGAAUACAUCUGUCAAAUUCCUAAAAUGAAUCCUGCAACUGAUUUCACAGUGUAAAUAAUCACUUUAAACUGUUGGAAACAAUUAGAACAUCAACAAAUCAGAUUUUCCAACUCUUCAGUCUUUAUUCCACAUAGGUAGAGUAUAUUAAAUUUGUUACCAUUCCAGUAGGCUUGCCAGAUAUGUACAGAUCCGUCCUGUAACUCCUACUCACACACAGCUUGUUUACCUACCCCCAGUGCUGGUACAGCCUCCCAGGCCUUGCUGACUGGCUGCCAGCCACUGUUGGGGGAGAGAAAGCACAGCCAUUGGUGCAUAAUACCGCUGUGGUUUGGAAAAGAGAGGUGCACACACAUUGACCCUUGGCUAUUAAUUUUGCUGGGGUCUUGUUGAAAGAAAUCGUGUUCCUGGCAUUGGGCUGAGUACUUUGCCUUCCAAGUCUUGUCACAUGGUGGUUACUUGGUUGAAGCAGUAGCAAGUGUCCCUUUCCCUACCCCACCCCACAUCUGCGAAGGCAGACCUGAUUCACAUUAGCCAGCUCUCCGUGUCAGUCACUGAUCUUUGUUCUCAUGUUGUUUGUCCCAACAGUAGGGAUGGCAUAGGGCCUGCCAAGUUGAAUAACCUUUUAAAGAAAGUUAAACUCUUUUGGGUUAUUUGACUGGGCAGCACAGUGGCUCAAAAUGUGAAAGAACUAAGAGGUCGGGAAGAACUUCCCUUCCCUACUACCCAGCUCUCCCAGGGGCAGCCCCCCAGGCCAGGCUGUGGUACACGUGCCAGCCUGUUGCCCAGUGGAAGAACCUGGCCCAUUCUUCCAAAAACCAGACAUCCUUUUGAUUUGCUGCCCAUCCACAGCAGGUCAUUGGUAUUAGAAUCACUGUGGGGCCAACCUGGGACUUCUCUGUGAAGACUGCAGAGUUUCAAAAAGAGCCCUCGCAACCGGGGAUUUGCUGGCAACACUUUCUGCUCUUGGGUCUCUGGCGGUGAGAGGGUUUUUCUUGUCAACACCAGACCCCUCAGUGAGUGACUUGUUCAGAGCCACAUCCUCACAGGACAUUCCCAGGGCAUGCCCCUCAGUCAGCCAAACUUACUUUGUCUCACAUCUGACUCCUCACUGUCUGCACUGACCUUCCUCCUCCACUAGUAGAGUCACGGAUCUCUGUUACCCCGACUUGAAAUUCAGCAGUCCUGUGUCUCUCCUCCCGCCUCCUCACUCAGUCCAGGCAACAGGUUGUAACCAGUGUUACCGGGAUCCCUUACGUGUUGUUCUUGCGGGUCUCAGACUUUACCAGUUCAGGACUGAUGCCUGCACUAUUGUUGUUGCCAGUUGCCAUCGAGUUGGCUCCAACUCCUGGCGACCCCAUGCACAAGGGCAUAAAACACUGCCCGAUUCCCCACUACCCCGUGAUCAUUAGUAGGCUGGAGUCCACUGUUGUGGCCACUCUGUAUUCUGAGCACCUUCCAGCCUCGGGGGUUCGCCUUCCAGCACUGUACUGGACAGUGUUCUCUUGUGAUCCAUGGGGUUCUCAUUGGCCGGUUUGCAGAAGUGGAUCGACAAGCCUUUCUUCCUUGUCUGUCUGCAUCGGAAACUCUGCUGAAGCCUGCCCACUGUGGGGGACCCUGCUGGUUGUUGAAAUACUCGGGGCAGAGCUUCCAGCAUCACAACAGCAUGCAAGCUGCCCAGUACAGCAGCCUGACAGAGGGAACAGCGGAUCACUAUUGUAAGUCAUUCUCACUGAGCUCCCUCCUGCGGGGGCCCUCAGCCGCUUCUACUCCAUCUGUCCUUUGUAUCUUCCAGCAGUUCUGGUUUAUUUGCUGUGAAAUCAUCUUAUGAAUUAUAGAAAAAACUUGAUCAAUUCCAGCCCCUUUUUCAGAUCUCUUAAACGGGGUCCUUUACAGCAUUCUCUCUUACCCAGCCCCUCCCCCUGCUUGGUGCCCCUGUGCCCUCAUUCUCGGCUCUUGCUAUUUCCAGCCCCUGAAGUGUGCUCUUUCUCUGUCUUCCCUCCCUCCUCUCUACCUAUUUGAGUCUUCUUCUCCUAAAAUCCCUUUCAGAGUUUGCCCAGCUGGAAGUGACCCAGGCGUGUAUUUGUUGUAGGAAUCACAGAAAUGUGUACGUGUUAAGAAUGAAAUUCACCUUCAGUCUCAUCAUACAGAUAAACAGCCACUGUGUAAGUAUCGAUGUGUCUGUCCUAUGCGUGGUGCUACCUGUGGCUGUCUGUAGUAGCAACCAUGCAGAGUCUGAUAGUUGGCCUUUUUAUGCUGUCAGAAGCAUUUGCCUGUGCCAGUAAAGUUCUUCGUGGACAUUAGUUCAGACUUUUCAAAAUUAUGUAAAUAACAGAUGAAAAUAUCAGGUACUCACUGUAGAAGCGCCAAAAAGAAAUCACCUUAAUCCUGCCCCUCAGGUAAUCCCUGCUAACGUUUGGAUGUGUAUCCUUUUUACACAUACCACGCAUCCCUGCAGUGUGCAGGCUACUGUUUAUAAUCUGUGGUUUUUUGCCUUACGGAUAUAUCCUAAACAGUUCUCAGAUCUUUAAACAUUCUAACCCAGUGUCAUUUUUCAUGGUCGUGUGUUCCUUCCUUGCAUGGCUAUACUUGAGCUUGUUGAACUAACCAGGCAUUUCCACCGUUGUAAGUUUUUGCUGUUGUAAGCAAUGCUGCAGGAAAUACCUGGUAAAAAAAACUUUUCCUGCAUGCCUGUGAUAUCCUUAAAUAAGCUCCUAGUGUAGAACUGCUGACUUAGGAAGGGGGGGUGUGCUUUGUUCAGAUUUUCGAUACAGAUACUAUCUUUCCUUCCCACAGUAAGUUUGUAGCUACCAUAACUGUAUGAGAGUGUCUGUCCUUGGGGCUCCUUCCCCCUCAAAGUAAUACUGAAUAUUCGAGUUUCUUGAUCUAGGAGAGGCAUUAUAGCCUAGUGGUUACGAGCACAGACUCUGGAAUUGGGCUGGCUGGUUCACUGCUCAUUCGCCUCGUUUUCCUCAUCUGAACAUUGGGACUGAUAAUAGUGUCCACCUCCGAGGGUUGUUCUGACGGCAUUUAUCAUGUCUUUUCUAAAGGAACUGUGUUUUAGAGUAACCAAAUAGGUGGGGGAAGUUUCUCUUUAUAGAAAUAAAUGGUGACGGGGUGAUAGAAUAUUAAUAUUUUAUAACCCCCAAUGAAUUAAUAAAACAAGGCUAUAAUCGUCAGUGCUGCUAACGUAACAGAGACAACCAGAUAUUGUGUAUCUCCUGAUGGAAGUGUACAACCCUACCUGUGACAGAGUAGUCCUGUCAAACCACAGCCAAGCCUGACAAAGACUUUAGUCUAAGUACCAGUUUACAGGAAAUCCAAAGGACAGAGGAACACACUGAAAAAGAUCAAAAGAUCACAGGGCAAAUUGAGGCGGGGGGGAGGGAGAGAGAAAGGGGGAGAGAGAGGCAGAGGGAGAGAGGUGGAGGGGAAAGCCUAUCAAUUAAAAGACUUAAAGCACCUUAACGCUUUCUAGGCCUUAUUUGGAUGCUAAUUCAAUCAAAUUGCUAUAAAGAGAAAAAAAUGGAAAUUACUGGGUAAAUUUGAGUACAGUGUAUUUAAUAUAAAGGGGUUGUGAAUUUUUCAGGUGUGUGAUAAUGUGUAAAACCAAAUCCAAACCAUUGCUUUCCAGUUGACUCCAACUCACAGUGACCUUAUAGGACUGAGUAGAAUCUUUACAGGAGCAGACUGUCGCAUCUUUCUUCCACAGAGCACCUGAUGGGCUCAAACUGCCAACCUUUCAGUUACCAGCUGAGUGCUUAACCAUUGUGCCACCAGGGCUUCCUGAUAAUGGUAGAGGAGUAUUUAAAAGUCCCUAUACAAAACCCGGAAACCCUGGUGGUUAAGAGCCACUGCUGUUAACCAAAAGGUCAGCAGUUCAGAUCCACCAGGCACUCUUGAAAACCCUGUGGGGCAGUUCUACUUUGUCCUAUAGGUUUGUUAUGAGUAAGAAUUGACUCGAUGGAAACAGUUUUUUUUUUUUUAAAUACAAAACCUACCAGCCACUCUAGUCUUGGAAACCCCAUAUGACAUUUCUGUUAUAUUGUAUAGGGUUGCUAUGAGUUGGAAUUGACUUGAUGGCAGUGGGUUUGGUUUUUGUUUUUUUGGUUUAUAGAAAAAGCAAGGGAAAAAGUUGAUAAAUUGAGUUAUAUUAAAAUUAAGAACUGCUGUUACCACACUGCUAUUAAGAGAGUGGAACGGAGGGCCAUAGACAGCAAGAAGAUAUUUACAAAUUAUAUAUAUAUAUACAUAUAUAUAUAUAUGAUAUGUAUAAAAAGAUAAUAUAUGAAUCAUAUCUAGAAUCUAUAAAGAAUUUAUACAAAAUAUACAAAAAAAGACAACUCAGUAGAAAAAUGGGCACUUCAGAUCAUCAAUAAACAUAUGAGAAGGUGCCUGCCAUCAUUAGUCAUCAGGGAAAUGCAAAUUAAAAUCCACAAGAAGAUACCAUCAUUCAUCCACCAGAGUGGCUAAAAUUAAAAAACUGAAAAUACUAAAGGUUGGCAAGGAUGUGGAGAAACGAAACUUUCAGAUACUGCUUGUAGGAGUAUAAAUUGGUACAAUCACUGUGGAAAACUCUUGACAGUAUUUACUGAAGCUAAAUAUAUACAAAACCUUGUCAUCUGGUAGUUCCAUUCCUGGGUAAUUACCCAAUAGAAUUCUGUAUAUAUGUUUAUGAAAAGAUAUGUUCUAGAGUGUUCAGAGUAGUGUUCUUUGUAGUAGCCCCAAACUAUAAACAACCCAAGUGUUUAUCAACAGUAGAAUAGAUAAAAGUGUGUAAUAUUCCUACAUUGGAAUUCUAUACAGCAGUAAAAAGGAAUGAAUUAUUGCCACAUGCAGUAAUCUUUGAUGAAUCUCACAAACAUACAUUGUACAAAACAAGUCAGGCAGGAGAGUACAUACGCGUGAUUCCAUUUAUAUGAAGUUCAAGAGCUGGAAAAACGAACCUAUGGUGUUAUAAGUUGGGACAAUUGUUUACUUUGAAAAUGGGGUGGGAAUUGGGGGGCUUCUGGAGUACUGGUAAUGUUCUUUAUUUGGGAACUGGUUAUUUGUGAAGAUGCAUGGUGGCUGAAAACUUAAGAUAUGUGCACUUUUGUGUGUGUGUAUAUAUUAUACCUCGGUAAAAAGUUUAUUAAAACAAAGGGUCCAUGUCUUUUAGAGAUACAUUCUGAAAUAUUUAUAGAUGAAAUAGUAUGAUGUCUGGGAUUUGCUUCAAUUAACUGGGGUGGUGGAAGUGGGUGGAGUAUAAGGGAAAUGUGACUGAGUUAAAAAAAAAUUUUUUGUUGUUGUUGGGAAUAUACACAGCAAAACACACACCAAUUCAACAGUUUCUAUACGUACAAUUCAGUGACAGUGAUUACAUUUUUCGAGUUGUGCAACAGUUCUCACCCUCCUUUUCUGAGUUGUUCCUCACCCAUUAACAUAAACUCACUGCCCCGUAAGGUUUCUGUCUAAUCUCUCACGUUGCUGUUGUCAAUUUGAUCUCAUGUAGAUAAAUCUUAAAAGAGCUUAGUGCUAAGGCAGGUGUAUUUUACUAAACCCAACCGACUGCCAUCGAGUCGAUUCCGACGCAUAGUGACCCUAUAGGACAGAGUAGAACUGCACCAGAGUUUCCAAGGAGUGCCUGGCAGAUUCGAACUGCUGACCUCUUGGUUAGCAGCCGUAGCCCUUAACCACUAUGCUACCAGGAUUUCCUUUUUACUAGUUAAGCUAAACUAUUGUUUGGUUUUGAAGAAAACUUCAGGAGUUUUUUUUUUUUUAAACAGACCAAAGUUUAUUAGUGGUCACCAGGGGCGGGAGGGAGGUGGGAAGGAGGACCAACCGCAAUGGAAAAAUCGCAUUGAUCAAGGGUAGGGCUGCACAGCCAACCGCUGCGAUUGAUGUCAACAAGUUGUACACCUGCAAAAAGCCAAAUUGGCAAAAGUUGCAUGACAGACACACUCACAACAACAACCAAAAAAGAAAAAAAAAAGGGAGCUGCUGAGACUGCCCAUGCACAACCAUAAACCUCAUGAGACUUGGUUGCCUAGACUGGAGGUCCAGGGCCAUUGCCUCAUAACACAGCCCAGUCAGCUGGCCUAACAAGUCUGAUGCCUCUGCUCUACCUCCUAGUUCGUUGCAUAGUGCCUGGGAUCCUAAAAAGUCUGCAAGUGGCCAUCCAAGGGAUGACCAAAACAAAACAAAAAAACCCUAUUGCUGUGGAGUGGAUUCUGAUUCACAGCGACCCUGUAGGACAGAGUAGAACUGCCUCAUAGAAUUUCCAAGGCCAUAAUCUUUAUGGAAGCAGACUGCCACAUCUUCCUCCCAUGGAGUGGCUGGUGAGUUCAAAAUGCUGACGUUUUGGUUAGCAGUGGAGCGCUUAACUGUGCCAUCAGGGCUCCUUUGAGGCAUGACAGUUCGUGUCUGUUUUCUUCACGAGGGGACACUGGGUUAGUUGCAUUGAAGCUUUCUUCAACAUCAGGAAGCCCAGCAUAGAUAUUAAAAUACUUUAAAUACAUCACUUUUAACCUUUUCAUUAGCUUUCAUUACCUUUUUUGUCUCUACGUUAGUUAAAUGAAUCUUUGUUGUUCCUGCAAGGCUUUCACUUUUAAAAAAUGCUUGAAGCAGCCUCUGUUUUUCCUCCACAGUCGGGAUCAGAGCAACAAGCUGCUCUGGAGUCAGAUCCCUAAACUGCUCUGCUAGCACAUCCAUCCUGCCAGUGCUGCUUAUGGGAGAAAAGGGCAACAGACAGAAUCCUCACACCUGUCUUUGCUGCCCCAGGCAAACUGCUGGAGGAUGUUUUUGAUUUAAGGUUUAAAAAUUACCUUAGGGCAACAGUUACAGUGGUCAUCCAACCUCCAUGGCUCUGGAAAGUCUAGAGUCCCUGAGAAUCUGAAGUUCUGCUCUACAUUUUCCCUCUUUUGAUUAGGGUUCUUCUAUAGAAUCUUUGAUCAAAACGUUCAGUAACGGUAGCUGGGCACCGUCUUCAGGUAUCACGGCCAAGGAGGCAGUGUUCGUGGAGGCCAUUAGCCACACAUUCCAUUUGACUAUGAGUUAAUCAUUAUUGAAGCUAGGUUACUGGGCACAUAAGGGUUAAUUAUACUAAUUGUUCUACUUUGGCGUAUUUUUCAUAACAAAAAGCUAAAACAAUUCCCCCCGCACCCCCAGAGGUCUAAUUUGCCUAUUUAUUUCAUCCUCAGGAGAGACAGCACAGCCCUAUCUAGUCAGUCACUGUACUGGCUCACAGUCCAGCAUCGAAUGGUGGGUUCCAGCAGUCUCAUCGGUCUGGUGGCUGUGAACUAAAGGGAGGUUACUUGUCAUCCCUCUCAGAGAUGGAGGCAGUAUAAUCAAAGUAACCUUUCCCAUUCAGAGAAAGGAAUGAUAGGAAAGACACAGCAGGAUUUUGACCCAUCUCUCUCCUUUGUGGGAAUUUGAGACCUCCUGUGGCCUUUGAUGGAGCUGUGCCCUGAUAGGUUUCACUUUAGGCUGGGCGGGUGGGGAACAUAAUGAGAGUGCCAUUCUAGGGGCCAGUAUUUACAUUGGAAGCUUAAAUUAACUCAGAGGGUCUAUUUGUUUUAUUUAAAUAUACACCUUCUAGUGUGUAGACUGGUGUAUGGCCAGGCUGACUGUGGAUGGGCCCAGGAGUGGAGUGCAGACCUUUAGUUUCCCUUGUAAUCCCUAGAUCUUGCUCUCACCCACCAUCCCAUAUGUCAAGUCUCAGCCCAUAACUUCUCCAGGGUCUCAGAGAGCAGAGGGCUCCCACUUCCCCUAGAGACUUCUCAAAGUAUAUAGUUGGGUAUAUUUCUUCUGUUUUGUUUCAUUCAUUUUAGUUCUUCAGUCCACUUUGUCCUCCAGGAAUUCGUUGAAAUCUGAGAUGCAUUGAUGAUCCCUGUCCCUGCCUUUUCUAAGACCAUGGUUUUGUCCCUUAUUGUACAUGUUGACAUUCAUUUCAGUGGGAUGUUGGAGUCAAAGACAUGGGCUCCUCCUGCUUUCUUCAAUGGGAGGUUUUGAGUUUUGAGAGACUGAGCUGGUAUUACAACACAGAAGCAAUAGUUGCAACACUUGUGCUUUGCCUGUCUGUGGUGAAGGAAUAAAAAUAGUACCUCUUGGUUGGCUGUGGGCCCUCAGUCUGACAGAGCUGUUCGUCCUGUGUUGAGAUGCUUCAAAGCUUUAUUAAAAAUGUUUGGAUCACCACGAAGCCCUGCUACACCCAAGUUUACCAGGAGAUUUGGGUUGGAGUGGGUUUGAUGGGUUUCAUCGUUUAUAAGGUCAAGAGUACUGAUAAAAGAAGCAAAAUUUUGAAAACCUUGAGUCCUGUACCUGUCCACGGUCACCACUGAAAACUUCCGAGUCCUGUACCUGUCCACGGUCACCACUGAAAACUUCCGAGUCCUGUACCUGUCCACGGUCACCAUUAAGUAGCUUCACUUGGAGUGCCCAUUAGAUGAGACAUCAGUUUGGCUGUAAAUUUAGGCAAGCAAUGUUAGGGACAGGGAACAUGGCUGUCCACUUGCACUGUUUACUUGGUGGCAUGAAUAAAUGUGCGUGAGAUUGGGGGAAGAAUGGUUCUUUUUGAUUAGUUGAUGACGGUAAAAAUGGCACCGACUGUAAAAAUGGCAUGGUGGCAGCGUCAGACCUCCUCUCACUUCACGAGGGGGAGAGAGAAUCGCCAUCAGCAUCAGCCCAAGGCUGAUUUCCUGUGAAGUGGAGGUCAGACAUACCUCAUCUCCAACCUUUUUACCAGUUCUGACACUGGCUGUCCCUCCCACUGCACUCUCUACUUCUCUGCUGGGUUCCAUAGUUCCUUGAAAUGGCCACACACAACUCACAGACCAUACUUAAAAUUAUCGGUUUAUUAGGGAGGUAACAGGUUACAAUUCAGGAUCAGGAAUGACUCAGGAUACAAUUCUUUGGUCAGGACAAUUUCUUGGAUGUGCCCACAGGCAGGCCUGUCCCUGGCCCUCAGCCUCUUGGCCCUUUGGGCUUUUUGGGCCUCUUGGGCCAGCCCGACCUCUGCCCUACUCAUGUGUUAGUUACAAAGCUCUUUACCGAUAAGUGCUCAGAGGCAUCCCACUCUACCAGUAAGCCUUAGCUCAAAGGUGCUCAGCCCUUUAGCUCCAUGGGCCAGCUAGCCUAGCUCUGCCAAGUGCUUGGAGGCCCCCCACUUCACCAGGAAGCCUACUGCCCUAAGGCAGUCAGCUUUCUCGCUCCAUGGUAGCCCACUCUGCCAUUUUCUGCUGGUCACCUGGUUCUCCUGCCUAUGCUGCUUCUCUUUCUUGGCCACUGCUUCUACCCAGCCCUCACUGUCUCUGAUGUUACAGCUCUUUCUCUGUCUUGGGGGUCUAGAAGGUUCUCAGCACCGGGAUUCUGGGUCCAAAGGAAGUGCUCUACUCCUGUCUCUUCUUUUUGGUAGUGAGUCCCCUCCCCUCCCACCCCUAGUUUUUGGGAUGGCUUGUUUUAAGCCUAACUGGAUGGCAAAACUGAUGGAUUCCCACAUUAGGGUUCCAUACACUUUAUUUGCAUGGUCCCACCCCCACAAGGGUGCCAGGCACCAUAUUUACAUUCUUAACAAGCUAUCUAAAUCCCUCUAGUGGGCCAUAAGCACAUCAUUUGCGUAGUUCCUCCCAGCCAUUUGGUGGGAAUUGCAAGAAAGACCAUAUAAAAGCAAUUUCUUGUACCACGGUUACACUGACUGAUUCUAGGCCUCUGCUCUUGGCAUUCAGAAGGAUAGGGGCUGAUGAGUGACCCUGCGUUUGAUUGGAGAUGGGCGAUGGGGGAGAGAGUAAUCAAGGUAGAAGACCAGUAAAAGAUCCAAGAGAGUGUUGUGUGCUAUGAUAAUAUGUAACAGGCAAGUUUUGAGAAGAAAGAAGUCAGUGUCAAAUGCUGUGGAGAUGUCAGGUAGGAUAAGUAGUAGACUUGGUUUACGCUAUCUACAUGUACCAGUGUUUUCCCCAGUGGUCCAAUAAUUAUUAUGGAAGAGAUUAUGUUCUCAGGUGAUGGGACCUACAUUUUUUUGAACAGUGAGCCUUUAUACAUAUGUUUGCCAUUUUAUGGACUUCUCUGAGCUUUUAGUUUUUAGUCUCUAUUUAUGAAAAAAAAACUAGCACUAUGUGUUUAUAACUUGUUUCUUUAAACAUUAUAGCAAAAUGUCAGGUUUCUAUACCAGAGUAAUUUCUGCCCUGCUUCAGCUGCAAGUGACUGAAAACCAAAAAUAAUAGUGACUUAAACAAGAUAGCAGUACAUUUCUGUCUCAUGUAAAAGAAGUCUGGAGAUUGGCAUUUCAGAGGCUUCACAGUGUUAAGGAUUCAAGUUCUUUCUAUCUUGCUGUUCACCAUCCUGAAAAUGUGGCUUCCAUUUCUGGUCCAGGAUGGCUGCUGAAAUUCCAGCCAUUACAUCCGGAUUUCAGUCAGCAGGAAGGAAGAAAGGAAAAAAGAAGAGGUCUGCUUCCUGUCUUUAAGGACACGUUCCUAGAAAACAUACUAUUUCUGCUUACAUCCCAUUGGCCAAAAUUCAGUUACUUAUCCUUGCCUAGCUGCAAGAGAAGCUGGGAAAUGUCUUUUCUGGUUGGCCAUGUGCCUGGCUGAGCAUUGGGGUUCCUUAUUACACUGGAGGAAAAGGAGAAUAGAUGCUGGGGGACAAGCAGCAGUCUCUGAGAAUUUCCAAAGACCUGAAGAUACCAUGGAAACAAUUGACAGGACAGCUAAAAAACAAUAAGGAAACGCUGGAGAAGAGAAGGGUGAGAGUAGCCAAGGUCACUCAUGGUUGCCAGGGUCUUCGCUAGUGAUGGAAGCAGCUGGUUCCUUGACAGCGAGACAGAAAGAAAAGGGGAACUGUUUUGCAAGUUUGGGGAUGGGAAACGGGGCCGGGUGCAGGCACAGGCAGCUGUCUGGCUCCUGCAUGGUGGAGCCCCGAGAGUACAGGCCUGAGGGUCUUUUAAUAUAUGGUACAUUGUACUUUCACAGAUGUUUGGUAAACAAAGGAAUAACUAUGUAGAAAACCAUCCCAGUAGCUCCCAAGUAUGUCCAGCCCCACUUUUCUAAAAGUAGAGGAAAAACCAGGUUCCUCAGCUUCAGGUCCCUCAUCAUCUGAUUUGUUUAUCUUGAUCUCUCUCUCUUUCGGUCUUUGACAGAGUAGUAAUUGUUAUCUAAGAUGGUAAUUUUGAAUUCUUAUGAAAUGGUGUGGAAAUGCCCUGUUGAAGAUAGCCAGAAAUGGUGCUGCUUUUAACAAGAUUACUUUGAAUACAAGUUAUCAUUGCACAUGCAUAUUGCCCCAGAAAUGUAUGUUUCCUAAACAUUGAAAAAGUAACUUGCUAAAGGCGCACAGGUAACUGGCAGGGCCUGGACUGAAACCCAGGCAUCCUGCAGCCUGUACAACCUAAGGAGGUUAGGAUUUUCUCUCUCCAUGUGACAGUUCUUUCUCGGGAAAUGAACCAGUUAUUAAUAAAUACAGUUUGGUAACCAUCGCUGUUGAGUUGAUUCCAACUCAUAGCAACCCAAUAGGGCAGAGUAGAACUGCGCCACAGGGUUUCCAAGGAGCGCCUGGUGGAUUCGAACUGCCGACCUUUUGGUUAACACCUGAACUCAGCCACUGCACCACCAGGGCUCCUCAUAGUUUGGAAGGCUCUUCAAAAUAAGAGGUUUUUGGUGGAAAAAUGUUGAAAUGCAGGUCUAGACCAGUCCCAUUUUGUUAUACAUGGAAACUGAGGCCCAAGGAGACUGGCUCGCUGACAGUUUUGAUUGCGCCUGGUCCUUUUUUUCCAUGGACUGAACUCCAAAGACAUAGAUCAUGUGUUUUCUCCAUUUCCUCUGACUGUUGGUUUAUAGUGUCCCCAUCCUGCUUCAAGUAUGAGGAUAGCUCAUAGAUGUCCAGGGAACCCCCUUCCCUGCUGAUCUUUUUACUACUUUGAAUAGAAUCUUCUCUUCCUGUCUGGUCUGUGCCAUGCUUGGGCUGACAUCUCUCCCUGCCUAUAUUUAGGAGAGCAAGAACCAUGUGAGCUUUGUUUUCUCACAGGGAUGUCAGCCAAGUGCUGAGAUUUUUCUAGAAUCGUUGCCACUUCUACCUCUUAUCUUUCCACCGAAUUCACUGUACAGAGAAUUUUCAAUUUGCACCUGGUGGUCCCUUAGAAAUUUCCCACUUGCGUAGCUAUUUUGAGAACUUCUGACCAAGAAUCAUUUCUUGCAGUAAUAGCAGCCUCUCCUAGGGACUUUUCAUCAGACAAGUGUCAGUGUCAUGGUGUUGUUCAGGAGGGUCCUGCGUGAGGCCAGGGAGCAGUAGUUAGACACAGCUUGUUUCCUGGACGUCUAGGAAGAGUUAUCUCGAUUAAUGGAUUUGGGGUUCUAACACAAGACCCGUACGUUUCUUAUUGGUCUUAAAAUAUCCAAAACACUAAUACGAGUCAGUGUUUGAGAAUUGAAGAAACAAAGACUUUAUGUCCGAGGGAUCAAAAAAAAAAGGAUUGAAAACCAUGGUUAUUUAAGCAUCCUUCAGGGCCCAGGAUGUCCAGCCUUCAUUUGAUCACUAAUCCCUCUUUAGCUUUGAUAAGGUGUGUGGUUGUGGAAGACACCCUGGCCUUGUACAUCUCAUGUUCCCUCAUACAUUCAUUUGUGUGUGA